AUGGCGGCAGCAGCGCCCAUGGAAGCACAAACGUCGAAACCUCCCUCCGAUCCGUCAUCCGCCACCUACCCGCGCCUCGCAGAGCCCCCAGCAGUUUCAUGUGUCUGCCUCCAUAUUCCUGACGGCCUUGACGCGAGGGAUUCUGAGGUCCUCGCGGCGCACGGCGACUCCGUGCUCAUCGAGGUUUCCAUCGAAGAAAAGCAUGGCUACAUGACAGACCACUUCGUCUACAAUGCGGGUGAUGCCGCUGCGGACCCCCCGCGGCUGCCGUCACUGUCUUUGCUCCCGCCUUUCCAUCUCGCUUAUCAUGGCACCGGCCUCGUACGCCAUGGCGAGGAUGAGCUCGUGGUGGCACAGCUCCUGACGGUGUCAGCAGCCAGACCGGAACCGGCCACGCUGGAGCUGAUGAGGGUGGCCGACCUCUCCUUGUUCCGUGCUGGUGAGUGGAGCGUCAGGCGUCUGCAGAUCAGGUUUCGUGACGCCAGCAAAGUUCGGGAACUUCCUUCAUUUUGGAACGCCGUCGUAGCUGUCGGCGACAGGCUACUCUGCUGGGUUGACCAACGGCUGCUUGGUGUCAUGCUCUGCGACGAGUUCGAGGAGACACCAAGGCUGCAGUAUCUACUGCUCCCCAGGGAGAACAUAUGCGGGCAGCCAUCAAACCGGAACGUGUGCGCUACCGCUGGUGGCGAUGGCGACACGCUCAAGUUCGUCAACAUCUUCCCCCAUUGCUGCUGUGGUGGCGAUGGUGCCUCCGGCUGCAAACGUUCUCGCCAUGCCUACACCAUCCACACCUGGACAAUGAGGAUCGGCAAUGACAACGAUGACAUCGGGUGGGUGAAGGACGGCAUGGUUGAUGCCAUCAAGCUCUGGGGGCUCGACUCCUACAAGGGCCUCCGGUGGUUCCCACUUGACCACCCCGUCGUGAGCAUGGACGAUCCUGACCUCAUUUGCUUCUGGUUGCAUGAGCCCCCAGUCGAUGGCUAUUGGAACUAUAGAGACCGGAUCUUUGUGACGGCAGCCCACAACGUCGCGUGCCAUCAUCCGCUGCUCGGCAUGAAGUGGCCUCCUAUGCUGGCCGAAGCAAUCGGGCAGGUGUUUUUGUCACAAACUGUUAGCAAGGCGCUCCUUUGCCUCUGA